AUGAUAAAAAAUUUAAUUGAAAAUGCAAAAUUAACAGCACAAAAAGUAAUGACUAAAGAAUAAUAACAUAAACAACAAUAAAUUGAAUCCUUUCCUACUUUUGAUUAAUUAGCAUUUAAGAAUUAUAAUAUUCCAAAAGAUAAUUUAUGGUAAUACUCUAUUGAGGAUUUCACAAAUAUUAUCCAUUAAAUGGAAGAUUAUAUAAAUAGACUUUAAAAAGGAUAUGAUGAUGUUUGUUAAUAAUUUUUACCUAUGUUUAAUAAAUUUGAAAUGCUUGAAAAAGAAAGGAAAAGAAUGGCUUAAGAAUUGUAAGAAAAGGAGAAUCAUUGUAAAGAAUUAGAAUAGGCCAUGAUAGAAAUGUAGGUUGAUGCUGAUAAUGAGUUAAGAAAGAAAGAAAUCAUUGAAUGUGAAUUAGAAUAAUCAAAAAAAGAAUUAUAAACUAUUUAAGCCUAAAUAAAUUGGAAUAAUAAUUAAAUAGAUGAUAAAGAAUUAUUAGAAAUUAAUGCUGCAUUUAUUGAUCUUGAUAAAAGUAAUGAUGAAUAAUAUAAAUAAAGAAUAGAAGCAUUAUAAAAAGAAAUAUAAGAAUAUAUUUAAUUAAAUAAGGAAUAACUUCAUAAAAUAAACUUGUAAGUCUAAGAAAUUGAUAAACAAAGCUAAGAAAAUAGAUAAAUUAAUAGAAAUUAUAAUAUGGUAUUACAAUAAUUAGCAGAUUAAUAAUCAAAAAAUAGAUAGGAGAAUGAAUCUAAAUAAUAAUAAAUUAAUCUAUUAAUUAAAGAAAAUAAUAAAUUAAUCACUUAAUUAUAAUAAUUAGAUUACCAAAAAACAAUUGAAUUAUAAUUAUAAUUAGAAAAUACUAAAUGGAAAGAAGAAAUCUAAGAACUCAGGAAUAUUAUACUAAAAAAAGAAGAAGAAAUCAAAGUACUUAAUAAUUAAAUUUUAAUUGAAAAACAAUAAUAAUAAUAGUAAAAUGAUUUAAUUAAAGUUUUGAAAGGGAAAAGAGAUGUAGCCAUUAGUGAAAUCACAUAAAUGUAAUCAAAAUAAUAAUUUGAUAAUUCAUAAUCUAUUACUCAACAGAAAUUAAAAUAAAUUAGAUUUUCAAUUUAAAAUAAACUAAUUUAAAUGAGAAAGCAAUUUGAAAACAUGUAUAAGUAAUAUUUAACAUUAAUAUGUAAACUUGAAGAUAAUAAACUAUCAAAUGAUUUAAUGAAAUUAGAAUCAACAAUUAAUAAAAUUGUAAUAGAUAUGCAAGACUUAGUUGAUGAAGUUGAAGAGUUAAUGGGAUGA